AUGCGCUCCAAGUUCAAGGACGAGCACCCCUUUGAGAAGCGCAAGGCAGAAGCCGAGCGUAUCCGUCAGAAAUACGCUGAUCGCAUUCCAGUAAUCUGUGAGAAAGUCGAGAAGUCGGACAUCGCCACCAUUGAUAAGAAGAAGUAUCUUGUUCCUGCAGACCUUACCGUCGGGCAGUUCGUCUAUGUUAUCCGCAAGCGCAUCAAGCUGUCUCCUGAGAAGGCUAUCUUCAUCUUCGUCGACGAGGUGCUACCACCAACAGCUGCACUUAUGAGCAGUAUCUACGAAGAACACAAGGAUGAAGAUGGCUUUCUGUACAUCACAUAUUCCGGGGAAAACACCUUCGGCGAUCUUUAA